GCCCAAUCAAGUCUUGAGCUCACAGAUGCAGCACGCCAUGAAGCGCCAGCGCACCACCGCGGACCCGUCCCUAAGCGUGGGGCAGAUGCAGCGCGCCUUGGAAGACGGCCUGAACACCUGGCUCGAGAAGACGGAAGCCUUGUUCGCAGCCCUCCUCGAAGUUGCGCCCACAGCAGUUGUGGCCCCGACUAAGCUCCGCGGCGCCUUGGAGGCCAUCGCGCAGCGCUGGAAGCUAUUUACGGAGAAGAUGAGUUUGCGCGACAACCUCGACCACGCA